AUGGACAAACACGCCUCUUCGCGAGGUAGUGCCGCCGAUGAGACUUCUCCGCUUAAAUCCAGGACGACGCCUUCGACAACAAAGCCGACCACGAAACCAGCAGCUCCUCGACUUUCUACCGGAACUCGCCCUACCACUACCUCUUCCGCCGCCAAAUCAACAGUAGGAAGUUCACUGAGCAAGCCUCCAGCCCGGCCUACGACAACAACUGUUCGAAAGCCUGCUAGCGCGACCUCCACUUCUACGUCUGCGACUCAUCAAAAGAGACAAUCGGCCGGUUCGGUAGAUGAGAAACCUUCGGGCGAGGAGAAGAACAAAGAUGGCAUAUCGGCAAAACCAAAGAGGAUGUCGUUGGCUCCCUCCACGACCGCGGACAGGACGUCCGCCUCCAAGUCUGUUACGGCCACUCCCGCUCGACGGACAACUCUGGCGCCUACGUCAUCGACCCGACCCAGUACGAGUAGUCCCGUUGGAGUCAAGAAGGUUGCUGCGAGCCCUAGUACUUCUCGAACCCCCGCGACUACUCGAACCAAGCCUCUGACUUCCACCACUUCACGAAACGUCGGCGCUGGCACCUUAGCCGAGAAGAAGCGACUCAGCACGAUCCCUGCGUCUCCUGCGGCAAAAGCUGAUGUGGAAGAGCCGGAGGAUAACAAAGAGAAUGUUGAAUCUCCCUCUGAAGAAAAGGCCCCGGUUCGUCCGGCCUUGGGAUCAAGGAAAUCUACCAGAUCCGUGUUGAUCGAACAGCGAAUACGCGAGUUUGAACUGGUCAACAGUAUGCUGCAGGCUGCGAUGACGGCAGAUGGUGCAGAUGACCAAGAGCAGCAAUCUGUCAAUCAAGAAGCCGCCGCCACCAUUGCAAAGCUCAAAUCAGAUCUUGCCAAGGUGAGGGAAUUCGAGCAGCAGAACGGUCGGUUACCUACGGAAGCGGAGUUGGGAGAAAUACAGUCUGUGCUAGCAGAACCCGAUGUCCAAUUAGAACAUACGGGUGAGAAUGGAGUGUCGGGAUAUGCAGUGGUGACGGAGCUGCAAAACGAACUAGCGCAAAGCAGGGCCCAGACUGAAGCACUACAAGCCGAAUUGGCUGACCUAAAGACCAAGCUUGAGGAGUUCGGCCGCAGUGCGGAAGAAGAAAGUCUGCGGGCGCAAGAGGCUGCUGAAUCAAUCAGAGCGGAGCAUGCGAAAAAGAUUGAAGAACUAUCUUCACUUCACCAGAAUCAGUUGCAAGAGUUGGAAAAUUCACACCAGGAAAACGUGCGAGGACUGAGUGACAGCCAGGAGGCCGAGACAGAAAAUUUGAAAGAACAAUUAUCUAAGGAGAUUGCUUUGAAGGAUGAGGAAAUUGAAAAGCUCCAACUCGAUCUGGAAGCGAAGAAACUCGAAUCCGAGAAAUCUGGCGAGGUAGAAACACAGAUUGCCACACUGGAAGCUCAGUACAAAGAACAGAUGACCGAGCUUCAAAUUCAACUUGAGCAGGCUGGAGCAGAAGUGGCCGACAAACAAAAGGAAGUUUCUCAGCAGCAUGAGGAGUAUGCCAAAAUUCAAGAGGAGAUGUCACGUCAGGGCCAGGUCAUUCAAACCCUCAAGACGGAAAUCUCCAAUUUCCAGCAGUCCAAGAAGGAGGAAAUUGACUCGCAAACCGCUUUGAUAUCUCAACUCCAGGGUGAAAUUAAGAUUCUUACCCAGGAGAAGGCGGACGUGGCUGCGGCAGCUGCAUCAUCCCUCGCAGCAGCAGAGAAGACAUAUUCCGAAAAGAUUCAAGCGAUUGAACAGCAAUUGAGUGCAGUCCAAGAGGAUUUGAAGAAGGCAGAGGCCUUGCAUGAAAGCAACCUCCAAGAAGUCUUGAAGAAGUCUGAAGCAGAGCUCGGUGCUGUUCGCGCAGAGCUUGAGGGGUCCACGACGUCACAAGCAAGCAAACUCCAAGCCCUGGAAGCUGAUCUGGAGAAAGCAAAUAAUGAAGCAAAAACAAAACAGCGAGCUCAUGAAACCGCUCUUUCUGAACUGCAAACUCAAUUAGAUGCAGCGAAAGUGGCUCUUGACGAAGCGGCAACGAAGCACGAUACUCUUCUCAAGGAUCAUAAAUCUCUCAGCAACGCUGCCGAACAGGAACUGGCUGCAUUGAAAUCUCGCCACGAUGAGGAGCUGCAACGACUACGGUCAGGAUUCCAGUCACAACAUGAAGAGGAAAUUGCGGCAUUGAAAGUGGGACACGCUGAUCAGAUUCAACAGCUCGAACAAAAGGUUCACUCAUCCCAAAAGGAGAUCUCCUCCCUCAAAGAGACGCAUGCUGCGCAAGUCAAACAAUUGGAACAACAAAUGCAGUCAUCCCUGAAAGAUCUUGACGCUCUUGAAGCUGGACAUAUGGAAGAGUUGAAUCGGGUGAAGACUGAAGCCUCGGGACUGCAGCAGCGAGCGGUCGAGGAUGCUGAAAAGACUCAUAUUGAAAGAGUCCGGAAAAUAGAGCAUCAACUGAAUGCCGUUGAAGCCGAGCUGGCGGAGACCAAAUCUGCUCACUCCAAACAGCUGGAGGACUUGGAAAAACGGAGAACCUCAGAUCAGGACACUGCUUUGAAUGCGCUGAAGGAGUCUCAUGCAAAUAACAUCAAAGAUCUCCAGGCCCAACUGAAGGCUGCACUGGAGGCGACAGAUAAGGCCACGGCGGAGCACUCGGAACAACUUAAGCAGCUCGAAGAACAAACAGCAUCUCGACAUGCCGAGGCAAUCGAGUCUCUAAAGGCAAGUCAUGCCAAACAUCUUGAGCAGGCCGAAAAUGAUGCCAAAUCGACCAAGGAUCAAGCCCUUGCAGAGUUACGGGCCAACCUCGCCGAAGAGAAGCAACAACUGGAAUCUCAAUCAAAAUCCCUCCAGUCCGACCUUGAGGGCACCCGAUUCCAGCUUCAGAGUUUGAAAGGAAUCUUGCAAUCAAUGGAGGAAGAAGGCAAAGAAAAGGAACAGAUGCAUGCGGCAGCACUCAAAAAAUUGGAGGGCGAGUUGUCAAUGUCCGUUAUGAAAUUGUCAGAACAGUCGACGCUAAUGGUGGAUUUGCAGAAGCAGCAUGAUCAGGCUUUAGCAGAGGCGAAGAGAGUUUGGGAGACUAAAUCACAUGAAGAUCUGGAUAAUUUACGUGCGGAGCAUGAAAAGGCGCUUGCGGAACUGCGAAGCACACUCGAAAAGCAACAUAAGGAAGCAACGGAUAAAAUCCGAGAUGAACAUGCGAAAUCCAUCGAAGCAAGCCAGGAGGCCAACAAGACUCAGUAUGACGAAUUGAAGAGGAAGAUAAAGGAGGAGCACGACAAUCAACUUGACGAGGUUAUGAAGACUCUCGAAAACCAAUGGAAAUCCCAAGUUGAACAGCUGGAAGAACAGAAUGCGGCCGCUAGUGCCCACCUGGAAAAGGCCUCAGCCGAUCACGAUGAAGCCCUCCAAGCUAUCAAGUCGGAGCAUGAAGCCGCCCGUGCCAAAUUGCAAGCGGAAUUGACAGAGGCCCGUAAUGUGUCUGAAUCGACCAAAGAAGAUACCACUGAGCUCGAUGAACUUCGGAAACAACUUGCGCAGGCACGAGAGCAAGCGCAGGAAGCCGAGAAAAAACACAACGAAGCUAUGGCUGCUGCGGUUGCGGAACGAGAAUCUGCCUUGGCCGUCAUGAAACAAGACCUCGCCGCCGCACAACAGGCUGCUGAACAAAGACCUGAUCCGGCCGAAUUCGAAGAACUUCAUACCAAACUCAUUACAGCCCACAAGGCCCUUGAUGAAUUGCACGAGAAGCAUGAGCAAGCAAUACGCGAAACUAAAGCACAAUACGACGGCAAACUCGAAACCCUUCUUACAGAGUUAAAUGAGACCAAGCAAGCGGCUGGUAAAGUUGCGGACGCCACGGAAUUGGAAACUGCCAGUGCCAGUCUCGAGGACGCAAAGAAAACGAUCGCUUCACUUCAAGCGGAACUAGAAGGGACCAUGCUAGAAGUCAAGACUCAACGAAGUUUGGCGGAAAGUGCUCAAAAGGAAGCCGAGCAAUUGAGACAACUUCGAAAAGACAGCGAAGCUGUGACGCUACCGAGCCCCAGAUCUGGGCCGACUUCCGAGGCCCGAGUUGUGGAAUCUAUAUCCGGAUUGCGAGGUGGAGGUAGUGACGAUACUGAAAGUGCUGAAACCCAGGAAGCUGCACCAGCAGACCAACAGCCUGCGAAACGCAAUGUCGCUGGCCAAUUAGCGGGUAUUCAAGAACAGAUCAAGCUAUUGGAUGAUAUAAGUGAGGACUUCCUUGAGGAACACCAAAAGAUGGCACGCAUUUUGAAUCGCGCUGAUGAUCGCACGGCGCGCACCGUUGAAGUCACUGAAACUGAAAAUGAAACGCUCGACAAGUGA